UCUUCCUUCACUCCCUUUCUCUUUCUCUGUGCAAGGGAGGAAAGGUGUCUGAUCUUUCUCUGCAUCUUUAAAUACAUAAGUUGCCCUUUUUACGAUCUUUUCCUUAAAACUAGCAUCCCCAAAAACAACUCUGAUUAUUUACUUUCUCUUCACCUGCAAUUCUUUCCUUUAUUGUUUAAUCUGACUGCUUAAUGGUUGUAGUCUCUGCAAUAUUUUUUCUUUUUCUAUAAAACCUAGACAGAUCCUACUAAAAAGCCUAUAUUUCUCUUCACACGCUCCCUCUUUCAAGAUUCACACACCAUGCAACUUAAUCAUGUGGCACUCAUGAUAUAAUCACAACACUUUCCUUGCCUUCCUUUUCGGCUCUCUUCGUUUGUUUAACUUCGAAGUUUUAAACCCACUUUUCCUGUCGAUUUUCUUCUCUUUUUUCUUGUUUUGGCAGUGUUUUGCUUACGCUUCCCUUCAUUCAUUCUCCCUAUUCUAAUAUCUUGUCUCUGUUAACACAUCCUCCAGGGGCUUUUUGACUAAGAUCUUCACCUCUUCUUUAUGUUCAUAAGCUCAAAUACCAUAAUGAGAACUGCACCUUUGUCUGAUCUAUCCUUGCAGAUUAGCCCACCAUCUGUUUCAGAUUGUAAAGCUAAGGAAAUGGUUUACGAUGUUUUAUCAGGAAAAUCAAUCUAUAGUGAUAGGAGCUCGGCGACUGAUUCUGGAAGUAGCGGAAGCGAUUUGAGCCGUGAAAAUGGAUACGGUAAUCCAUUUCUUGGAGAACCGACUUUGAGCUUAGGGUUCGAAAAAGCAGAUUUGGGUUAUCCCCAUUUGCAGCAACCAAGAAACCUUCAUCAGCAGCAUUAUCAGCCUCAAAUAUGUGGUCGUGAUUUCAAGAGAUAUGCAAGAAUGAUCAAUGGAACUGUGAAAAGAAGCGUCAGAGCUCCCAGAAUGAGAUGGACUACAACACUCCAUGCCCAUUUUGUUCAUGCAGUCCAGCUGCUUGGAGGCCAUGAAAGAGCAACACCAAAAUCAGUCUUAGAGUUGAUGAAUGUCAAGGAUCUAACCCUAGCUCAUGUGAAGAGUCACUUGCAGAUGUAUAGAACAGUGAGGAUUACCGACAAAGGACCAGGUCAAGGGCAGACAGACAUGAGUUUGAACCAAAGGAUGGGGAUUGUUGAUUCGGAUGGAACACCAUCUUCCGCAAAAGCUGACCCUAACGCUUCUUAUUCUCUCAAACUAUCAACAACUUCACCACAAACGCUACCACAAAGGACCCAAAGCGGUUCAUGGUUAUCCUCAACGGAGACAAAUAAUUUGAGCAUAUCAAACCAUGGAAGCGGCUUGACGUUUGAGCCAAAUAAGGCUAAGGUUGAUGGGGACAAGGCGGCACUUCAUGUCCCGGAUAGAAUGAAGGAAAGAUUAGAUUCCGGCUCCUUGUCACCUUCAGACAUGUUCCUUAACCUAGAGUUCACCCUCGGAAGGCCAAGCUGGCAAAUGGACUACGCUGAAUCUUCAAAUGAGUUAACUCUUCUCAGGUGUUAGACACCA